GAGACAAGCUUCUCACUCCUUCAAAUACCCACUGCACCUGAGAAAAGAGAGACCAAAAUGAGCAGUCCGUACCACGAAGACGUCCACGACAGAGGCGAGUGCAAAAGCAAAUCGCCUACACUGCUCUCCUCGUACUGCAUAGACAGUAUCCUCGGGAGGAAAAGCCCGUGCAAAGUCAGACUGCUUGGAGCACAAAGUUUGCCAGCGCUGCCGUCGAGAGCGGAGAACGACCAAGGUGCUGAGGACAUGCACCUGCCACCAAAACUACGCCGGCUAUACGGUCCUGGGGGACGAUACCUUGACACUUCCAGAGGUUAUCAUGACCACUCAGAGCGUGUCGAGAGAGAGCGGCUUUUGGACCAGGCCUGCGAAAAUCUCAAAAUCAACCAAGCCCCACAAGUCAGCAUAAGCCGCAGCAAAUCCUACAGAGAGAAUGCGUCUUUCAGUCACAACGAGGAAGGGCAAGGUGCAGAGAACGGGUCCGAAGAGCUUGUGGAACUUAGCACGCUGAAGUUCGAAGAGGACGCUGUGAAAGAGGAGACGUGUGGAGACGCGGAACUCUCUCCGAAGGACGAAGAGAGUCUACAAAACGAUGGGGAUGUUAAAGAUGGCGAGGACAGCGUUUGUUUGUCGGCGGGCAGUGACUCGGAGGAGGGGAUGAUGAAGAGAAAGCAGAGAAGAUACAGGACUACCUUCACUAGCUACCAGCUCGAGGAGCUGGAGAGGGCCUUCCAGAAAACUCACUACCCAGAUGUGUUUACAAGAGAGGAGCUCGCGAUGCGGUUGGACCUGACGGAGGCACGCGUACAAGUGUGGUUCCAGAACCGGCGGGCCAAGUGGAGAAAGCGCGAGAAAGCUGGGGUGCAGACCCACCCGCCCGGCCUCCCCUUCCCCGGACACCUGGCAGCAGCGCAUCCCCUAAGCCACUACCUGGAGGGGGGGCCAUUCCCACCACAUCACCACCCCGCGCUGGAGUCGGCUUGGACGGCUGCUGCAGCGGCUGCCGCUGCCUUCCCCGGUUUGGCUCCGCCCCACAACGGCUCCGGCCUGCCCCCGGCCACGCCCCUCGGGUUGGGCACCUUCUUGGGCACAGCCAUGUUUAGACAUCCUGCUUUCAUCGGGCCCACCUUUGGGAGACUCUUCUCCAGUAUGGGUCCCCUGACUAGUGCUUCCACUGCGGCCGCUCUGCUCCGUCAGCCCGUCCCACCCGUGGACAGCCAGGUCCAGCCAGGCCCCGCCCUCCCCUCGGACCCAUCAUCUUCCCACGCGGCCGACCGACGGGCCUCCAGCAUCGCAGCGCUCCGGCUCAAGGCCAAGGAGCACUCGGCCCAGCUGACGCAGCUCAACAUCCUGCCGUCCGGCGCCGCGGGCAAGGAGGUGUGCUGAGCCGGGCCCCACGGACCGGACCGGACCUCUGCCACGCCUCGCUACCUACCCUCUUGCACCCUGCCGCCCCUCCCUCUUGCCCUUAAACCUCCUUCCAAACUAAAGCAAGACCAAAUCCAUAGAAACUCUAGCAACACUGAGCUGCAGUUGGCACUAGCUAGAGGCUGAGAGCUGCCAGCCUGCCAUGGCAUCCAUCCUUCAUCCGACCUCCACUGCCCACCCAACAUACAGAGACCGCAUACGGGCAGUCCACUCUCUGAACUGACCUCUCCUGGGGGGGGGGGGGGGGGGGGGGGGGGGGGGCAGGUUGUGGUGUGAACCUGUUGCCAGGGGAGACCUCUGGUUGGCCUGUGCAAAUCCAGCACGCAUGUCAUGGCGAGAAGGGCCACCGGCCCCAGAACCCAGUUACCCAUAAUGCACCAUCACCAACCAGCCCCCGCCCCCCAACACACAUCUUUUAUAACCCACCAUAGACUUGAACAUUUCCUGUUAGCAAUGUACUUAGUGUGUGUGUUCACAAAUACAUCUAGCCUGAUGAGACCUAGUGUUCAAACAGACCAGGAACCCUCAGGUCACGGGGGUGGGGGUGAGGUGGGGUGAGGAGGGGUGAGGAGUGUACUGCUACAUGGGAGGUCAUCUUAGUAUGCCUCACCUCAGCAGGCAACAGGCUGACCUGUGCUCUUUGUUCACUGUGCACCAGAGGUCAAUAUACCAAAGGGAAACCCAGUCACCACGUCAGACUUUCUCCAGACUCUCUCCUCGGGCCUUAGUCAGUCGAUCCAUCAUUAUAGUUUAAGUCUCCACACCGACCUCUGUCCAACUGACCUGUCGAGCAUUUGUGUAGGUUAAAUACACUGUUUUUUGGACCUUUUUUUUUAUUUUUAAAAUCCCCAAUUGGAUUGAUUAUGCUAUAUUGCAAUCCUAUUUGACAAGACAGAGAUGAUGUGAUGUUUAGAGUAAAUACACAGCCUCACUCACGCAACUGUGAUGAGCAAAUGUACAUAAUAAUGCAAAGUGGAAAGAAAAAAAGAAAGAAAAAAAAUUAACAGAGUCUUGUAUAUUUGGAGAAAAAAAGUUUGAAAAAGAUGCACUUGAUGUAGUAUUGUAUGACUGUUUCUGAGUAGAAAAGCUCCUAUGUUAAUGAGAUAUUAGGUUUUUAGACUAUAAUUUAUGUUCACUCUCUGCUCAAGAGCAUUUUGAUGGAGAAGAGAGGUUGCUUUAUUGAUAAGUGAGUGUAAAUGACUCUGGCUUAGGCCUGAUAAACUAUAACUAAAUAAA